AUGAAAUGCAAGGGCGGUGCAAUUGAUGUAUUUGUUAGUAAGGCUGCGGGCGACAGCGUCGGCCAGCGCGCGGCCGCUGCCGCCGCGCAGCUAAACAGGUAUUACAUUGAUGCGAAUGUAAACAACUCAAACCCGUGCGCUCGCACCGCGCUCGCAUAUCUAGAUCAAUACCUACAAAAUGCACCGCCUGCACCCUACGUGCUUGAACCAUUCACGUUGAAUGAAAUUUUAAUAACAUGUAAGAAAAUUAAACGCAAAAAAUCCAAAGACAAUAAUGACAUGUCUACUGAAAUUAUUGACUGCUUCCCUCCGGUUGUAAUCUCAUUAUUCCUAUUAAGGCAAGCUACAUACGUGCUCAAUACGAAGUCAAUUCUGGAACCGAUAGGAUGUUCUGCUGUUCCUCAAGGAUCCGUGAUGGGCAAUAACUUGUUUCUGAUCUUAGUAAACGAUAUCACAACCGCUUGUCCCUACCCCGAGUACGUGAUGUUCGCCGAUGACACCUGCAUCAUAGUCAACGCCGAUAAUUUCGACAACUUAAAAUUGAAACUUGCCCAUGUAAUGCAUCAAAUGGCCGAGUGGUUUACGGCAAAUGGUAUGUUACUAAAUGUCGAUAAGACUAAUAUAAUUCAUUUUCAAUUAAAAAAGACACACAACCCAAUAAAUAUAAAAGUGAACGAUAUCACAGUUCCCCAAGUUGACACGACAAGGUACUUAGGGUACAUGAUCGACGCCGGGCUGACGUGGGCCGCGCACGUCGACCACAUGUUCGACAAGCUGUCCUCGGCAUGCUACGCCCUGUCCAGACUCGCGCCCACCCUGUCUGCCAAUAACCUGCGUAAAGCGUACUUUGGAUAUUUUCACUCUGUCUUAAUCCAAGGAAUUGACUUAUGGGCCACGUCGGCCACCUGGGAAAGACUCUUUAAAUUACAGAAACGUGCCUUACGCAUCAUUGAUCGGAAACCACUCGACCAUCCGGCGAAAGAAAUAUUUAAAAAUCAUAAGAUCUUAACCUUGCCAAGUAUAUAUAUACUGACAGCUUGUGACUACAUACGCGAGAACCUACAUAACUACCAAACACUAAAUAGGACGUCACGUAGGCAACCGCUGCUAAUAGCUCCGAACCGGCGGCUGGCGAAGGCCCGUGCAGCGCUCAGUGUUGCCGGGGCGAGCAUAUAUAACCAUGUUCCUCUAAACAUAAAAGAGGCUAAAAGCAACGCAGCAUUCUCGAAAAAACUGAAGGCCUAG